UAAACACGGUGGUCAUGAGUUUAAUGCACACCGGCAAAAAGGGAGAGGAUUGAAUGUUCCGAUCUUCUCUUCGAAGAAACAAAUUUGAAACUAAUUAUGGGAUCUAAAAGAGACCUUAAGGUAGGCACCGUUCUUCUGACGCCAUUACUUGGAUUAACAUCGAGAAAAAGCGAGAAUGAUUCUUCGAACGCACUACAUAAUUCCAUGCCAUCGAUUUGCUAUCUUCCUUCGCGAUCGUCGAAGAAUUUGUUGGGGUUGGAAAGAGAGAGCGUUGAAAAUGCCACAGUGUCAUUACAUCAGGCAGCUCGAGAUGGGAAACGGGAACUUGUAGAUAGAAGGCUUGAAAUAUUAGGUAAAGGAAACAAGAAGAUCAACAAAAAAGACCAGGAUAACACAACUGCACUGCAUUAUGCUGUCCGCUACAAUCACCUUCAAAUUGUUAAGUUGUUAAUGGAAUAUGGUGCAGAUGUUGAAGCAAAGGGAGAAGAUGAUGCCACACCCCUUCACUAUGCAGCCAGGUUUCGACCAGUCCCCAGAAUGAAUGGAGGUACUCCAAGACUAACACCUCAAGUUACACCAAGUCCUAGUAUGGAGAACAUGAUUGACGUCGGCUUGACUCUGAAGAGAGAUGAUAAGAAAAAGGAUGGAGGCAAUGGUAGCCUCAACAAGGGUGCAAAGGACAGAUUGCUGGGCUCAUUGAAUAAACGCAGGGAGACAAUUGGAAAUAAACUGUUUAGCAAAGAUCACUUGACUGUAGAAAAGAAGAAUUCUCUGCCAAAAGAUAUGCCAAUUGUACCACAGGGGGUAGAGACUAUGAUUAUGUAUUUACUGUCGCGAAAGGCCAAUAUUAAUGCACAGGACAGCUAUGGUUCCACUCCUUUGCAUUAUGCAGUUAAUAAAGGUAAUCCUGAUGCAGUUAAGGAGCUAUUGGCAGACCCAGGUAUUGAUAUUGAGGCAAAAGAUAAGACUAUGAUGACUCCCUUGCAUGUGGCGUCCGGCCAAGGAUCUCUCGCUGUUGCUAAAUGCCUGAUUAAUGCUGGGGCUGACUUGAGAAGCUUGGAUGAAGAACAAAUGACACCUUUGCAUUUUGCGUGCAUGGAAGGGAGUCUUGAGGUUGCACAAUUGCUGUUUGAGACAGCCGAGGAGAAAGGCGGUUGGGCCUUAGUAUCUAAAAUGGUCACCGCUCAGGAUCGUGAGGAACAAACUCCACUUCAUCUCGCUGUGGAGGACGGUGAUCUGAACCUGGCGAAGCUCUGCCUGGACAAAGGAGCAAACGUGAAUGCACUCAAGGUGAACAUGAGUACUCCUCUGCACCUGGCCGCUACAGGGGGAGACUUAGACAUCGUCAAGAUGUUGAUAGAACAUGAUGCUAACAUAGAAGCAAAGAAUUCCGCGCAGGAGACUCCGCUGCACAGAGCAGCUUUGUUUAACAGGGUGGAUAUAGUGGAUUAUCUUUUGAGCAGGGGUGCUUUCAUUGAAUGUCGAGACAAAGACAAAGAUACGCCUUUACUGAUAGCAGCGAGUAAGAAUCAUUUGGGAACAAUUAAAACGUUGUUGAAUCAUGGCGCAGAUAUUGGAGCAAAAGACAGUAAUGAUGAAACUCCAAUAUACAGAGCGGCCUCUGAGGGAUGUAUUGAGGCACUUGAAUUUCUUCUCAAGGAUCGCAAAGGCAAAACGCUGGCUGAGGAAUACGACAAAUAUGAGAACACACCCUUGCAUGUUGCUGCCAAAAAGGGUUAUGUUAGGAUUGUUCAACUUCUGAUCGAUAAUGGUUGUUGUAUCGACAGUAAGAAUGAUGGAUCAUUAACACCGCUUCACCUCGCAGCAAAGUUUGGGCGAAUAAGAACCGUUUGUGCUCUUUUGAAGAAAGAUAUGUCAAUUAUUAACGAUGAAGAUGAUGCCUCAAACACUCCGCUGCACCUGGCUGCGUUGCACGGAUAUGACAAAGUGGCUAAGGAACUGAUUGAUAGAGGAGCCGCUAUUGACGCCAGGAACGCUAAUCUUUGGACUCCGUUGGAUUGCGCAGCCGCGAAAGGUUCGGUAGACGCGGCUACUGUACUGUUAGAUGAGAACUGUCCUGUGGACCCGACAGACAAGGCGAAGACCACACCACUUCACCUGGCGGCGCGUGAAGGUCACGUGGAGAUGGUUAAACUACUGUUGUCCAGGAAGGCCAACAUCACUUUGACAGACAGCGCUGGGCGCAACUGUCUGGAUAUAGCUAUCGAGAAUAACCACAAGGAAGUGGCACUCGUUAUUAUCCAGCACAACGAUUGGAAGCAAGCCAUGCGCAAUAGGACCAAAGAUGGCACAACUAUUAACACGCCGAUGAGGAAGCUUAUAAAGAAGUUACCUGAGGUUGCAGAGAAAGUGUUCAAUAGAUGCGUCAAACCAAAUGGGCUUCCUGUGGAUCAUCCGCAGUACGCCAUUACUUUGAACUAUGAGUUUCUUGAUGACGUAAGCCUCGAGUGGGCGGGAUUUUUGACGCCAGAGUCAUCUGACCACGAGGGGUCUGGUGUAGACGCAGUGAUGGACAAGAUUAAAUCGGCAUUGCCCGAGAAUGUUAGCAAACAAGUGGAAAUAAAAAGUAAUCAUCCUCUGAUGCUAAUGGUCACCAAAGAACGGGUCAAACUGCUUAGUCAUCCUUUAGUCACAUACCUAUUGCGUUACAAGUGGCGCAGCUUUGGUCGCUAUGUGUACUACGGCCGUCUCAUUCUGUACGGGAUUUUCCUGUUUUUCCUGACUGGUUAUGCCAUGCUUACAACAAAGAGUCUACCCAUCACACUUUGCAACGAGACUCAGUGCACGUGCAACGUGACGUUUGCAACAAAAACGGCAAGUACAGGCAGCGAGAUUAUGUGGAGAAAGCUUGGUCGUCCGAUGAUUCUCGUCACAACGUCUAUAAGUUUGUUGCUAGAGAUCAUUCGGUUCUGUUACAUGUGGAGACUGUACAUACAAUGGAACAGACUGGUAGAAGUGUUAGCUUAUAUCUUCUCGAUGAUGUAUAUCGUGGAUGACUUUAGACUAGAUGGAACAAGCUUUACAAUUCUUGAGGGGUCGAGGUGUUUCGUGUGGCAUAGCAGUUUUGGUGCAACGGCUGUUUCUCUGUCCUGGAUUGGACUUGUUCUUUUCAUGCGCAAGUUUCCCAAACUUGGAAUAUACGUGGUGAUGUUCACUGAUAUUUUUAAGACUUUUGCUCAGUUCUUUGUAGUCUGCUUUUUGUUCAUCGUGGCUUUUGGGUUAGGAUUCCACAUCCUUCUCUUCAAUCAGGUGCCCUACUCUACACCAGGCCGAGCCAUGCUCAAGACAACAAUGGGCAUGUUAGGAGAAUAUGAAUAUGAUACAGUUUAUAAUGAUAACGAUGUGCCGCCGGUCACGUGGGCAUUGUAUUUGUCAUUUCUCGUCAUUAACUGUCUUAUCAUCAUGAAUUUACUGGUCGGUUUAGCCGUAGAUGACAUCAAGGGGGUCCAAGAAAAAGCGGUUCUAAAGAGAUUAGCAAUGCAGGUCGAUCUUGCUUUAGAUGUGGAGAAGGCCCUUCCGGCCAUUUUUAGACAGAGGUUUGCCACAACUCAGGAAGAUAUUUAUCCUAAUUCAAACAAGUAUUGGACUAUUUGGUCGUUUUGGAAUCAAACCGUUAGUCCUGCCAGAGCAAUUUACGAGGCUAUGAACCCCGAGAAGACACCAAUAGAGAAGCUCCAGAACCACCAGGAAGCGUUGAAAGAAGAAGUAAUGACCGUCAAAGCGAAACUGAAAACUGUCCUUGAUCACACAACACAACUAGAGGCCAUGAUGAAAGCACUCAUGAAGCACCACGCCAUAUCUGUGGAGGAGGAGGAAGAGGGCGAGGAUGACGACUAGAAGUACGCAAUGACUGCUGGGAAAGCGCUUCUUUAGAA